CCCAGUCACGCCUUCAUGCAUCUUUUCCUCGGUUGUGAUUCCAAGCCAGUCUGCAAAUGACUGGAUAUAAACUUCCAAUCGAAUGAUUUGAACCUCCGCCAUAUCAACUGCAACAAUUUGAUACCCGCUCACCUGAUCAUCCACUAUCGCUCGCCAAUCCCUUUCGAUCCCGAUCACUGCAGUUGAAAUAUCUCCCCGAACCACAUCGAGGAGGGCUUCCAACAUCACAGUUUCCUCAAUUCUCACAUCAGUUUCGAACACCAUGGUCAGUCAGUCCGCCGACGCCGGCAUCGACCGACGCAUCGACGUCGAGAUCCCAGCCGGAAAGGACCGCAUGGCCGGCUGGCUCUACAGCUCCCGCAAAUACACCGCCUCGAACCCCGGUCCGGCCAUCGUCCUCGCCCACGGCCUAGGCGCAACAAAGGAGCUCAAACUCGACGUCUACGCCUCCAAAUUCAACGAGCUCGGCUACACCGCCCUGGUCUUCGACUACCGCUGCAACGGCGGUUCCACGGGCUUACCGCACGGCCUCAUCGACUGGAACAUGCAACAGGAGGACUGGCACACCGCGCUGGCCUGGCUGCGGGCGAACGCGGAGAACGUCGACCCCGAGCGCAUCGGCCUCUUCGGGACGUCCUUCGGCGGCGGCCACGUCAUCCAGGUCGGCGCGGCCGACCCUCGCGUGAAGGCCGUCAUCUCCCAGUGUCCCUUCACCAACGGGUGGAAGAGCGCGCUGUGCUGUGGCCUGGCCCAGUUGCCUCGCAUGUACUGGCUGGGGAUCCUGGAUGUCCUCUUCGGGACGGAUGAGAACCCCGUGCGCAUCCACGUCGUCGGGAAACCCGGCGAAAUCGCCCUCAUGAACGCGCCCGACGUCACCGACGGUUUCUACCCCUUGCUGCCCCUCGACAAACACGAGUACUACUUCAAGAACAUGACCGUGCCGGCGCGCCUCAUCGCCUCCUUCCCGCUCCUGGCCCCGGGCGCCCACGCCGCGAAGAUCAAAGUCCCCGUGCUCUUCGCCAUCUGCGGCAAGGACACCGUCGCCCCGCCCAAGACCACCCUCGCCUACGCCAAGAAGGCGCCGAAAGGGGUCAUCAGGUAUUUCGAUGAUAUGGGUCAUUUUGACAUCUAUCUGGGUGAGAAGCAUGAUCGCGCGUGGAAGGAGUAUAGGCAGUUUAUCCUGGAGGCGUUGCCGGUUUGACGGAGAUCGGGAGGCGGGAUAUCUCCAUCUGUGUUUUCUUUUGGUUUGACGGGGUUUCCGCUGAUCAUUGUAGAUGUUCGCUGUCAUUCUGGCUUUGUCGUUGUCGUUGUUGUUUUUUUCUUUGUUCUCCCCGAGAUCUCAUACGCAGAGGGAAGUAUCGAUCCCGAUUUUUCUGCACCGUCUCGGAGACGUUCUUCUUUUUCUUUCUCUCAUUAAACGGAUUCCAUUUGCUUCGGAUACACAAGGUCGGCUUGCCUUCACGUGCAAGCCCCAAUUCAUCGAUAAAUCAAUGUCUUUUUUCCUCGCC